CAAGGUUUCUGGCUAACACUAACACGCGUGGAGAAGCCAUUCUCAUCAUACUCUUCUUACUCACACACUACAAAAAGCACCGUCGUACGUGUGAAGACACGAAGCUUUUACAGAAAACCACCGUCGCAUCCCUUAUUUCUUCAUCAUUACUUCAUUCUUUUGUUCCCCUCCCCACACACUCUUUCACUCUUCCCAAUCCCAACCAAUGGACUCUUUAGGCCACGCUAUUUUCCGGCCACCGGAGACCCCAAAUGAGCCUAUGGAGUUCCUCUCUCGCUCUUGGAGCAUCUCCGCCUUACAAGUUUCCAAAGCUCUUGCUCCUCCGCACCCUACCGGAGCUCCUCCUGAUGAAAUCACCGCCGCCGAUUUCGAGGAUAUUGUUGCUAACCCUUUUGCGUUUGCGUCGUCUGAAACCUCACAACUCAUCAUGGAACGUAUAUUGGCACAAUCUCAGGAGGUAUCUCCCCGGACCUCCGGCAGACUCUCGCACAGUAGUGGCCCUCUCAAUGGCUCCCUUACCGACAGUCCUCCUGUUUCCCCUUCUGAAAUGGACGACAUCAAGUACUGUCGAUUGAAGAAUCCGGUGAACAACCAGUAUAGAGGUGGAGCCGCCAGUGUUGCAACUACCGGUGGUGGUGGAGGGAAAACGGUGGGGAGGUGGUUCAAGGAUAGAAGAGAGAAAAAGAAAGAGGAGACUAGAGCUCAUAAUGCACAGUUACAUGCAACGGUUUCGGUUGCCGGAGUGGCGGCUGUUGUUGCAGCAAUUGCCGCCGCCACUGCCGCCUCAUCUGGCCAUAGAAAGGAUGACGAGAUGGUGAAAACCGACUUGGCGGUAGCAUCCGCCGCCACCCUAGUGGCGGCACAAUGUGUGGAAGCGGCGGAGGCCAUGGGCGCUGAGCGCGACCAUCUGGCCUCCGUUGUUAGCUCUGCGGUUAACGUCCGGUCACCUGGUGAUAUCAUGACGUUAACCGCAGCAGCUGCUACCGCGCUUCGUGGUGCGGCGACAUUAAAAGCACGGGCAGUGAAGGAUGCGCGUAAUAUCCCGGCCGUGCCCCGAGGGGACAAAGGGUCGGUUCAUAGUAUUGGCACGGGAAGCAGUUCAAAUGGUAGUACUUUUAGCGACGAUUUUGUACCCGAAGAGAAUUUCCUCGGGAUAUGUAGCCGAGAACUACUUGCCAGAGGUUGUGAGCUUCUUAAACGCACCCGUAAAGGCGAUCUUCAUUGGAAAAUCGUCUCGGUUUAUGUCAACAAAAUGGACCAGGUGAUUCUGAAGAUGAAGAGCAGACAUGUUGCUGGGACCAUUACAAAAAAGAAGAAGAAUGUUGUCUUGGAGGUUUUGAAAGAUAUGCCGCCAUGGCCUGGGCGGCACCUGGUGGAAGGCGGCCAUGACCGCCGCUACUUUGGGCUGAAGACGGUGACUCGUGGGGUGGUUGAAUUUGAAUGUAAGAAUGAAAGGGAAUAUGAUAUCUUGACUCAAGGUGUGUGUAGGCUGCUUACAGUUGCUGCUGAAAGAAAUAAUAGACUUUGAAAUAGCUAUUAUUGAAAUGUAAUAUAAAUGUGCUUUUUGGGUACAAUUUGGAAUUAUGGUUUAAGUUUGAGUGAUUGGUAUGGUUUUGUUGCAUAUAUUAAAAAAA